CGGGCAGACUGCAGGCGCCGCUAACGGCCCCGCGCCUCCGGCGUCCGCGCGCCCCACGCCCGGCGUCCGAGGCCGCGCCGGCGGCGAUGGGGGCGACCGGGGCGGCGGAGCCGCUGCGCUCGGUGCUGUGGGUGAAGCAGCAGCGAUGCGCCGUGAGCCUGGAGCCCGCGCGGGCGCUGCUGCGCUGGUGGCGGAGCCCGGGGCCCGGAGCCGGCGUCCCCGGCGCGGAUGCCUGCUCCGUGCCUGUGUCUGAGAUCAUCACCGUUGAAGAAACAGACGUUCAAGGGAAACACCACGCCAGUGGCAAAUGGCAGAAAAUGGAAAACCCGUAUGCUUUUACAGUGCACUGUGUGAAGAGAGCACGACAUCACCGCUGGAAGUGUGCACAGGUGACCUUCGGGUGUGCUGACGAGCAGCUGUGUCACCUGUGGCUGCAGACCCUCCGGGAGCUGCUGGAGAAGCUGACAUCUCGACCAAAGCAUUUACUGGUGUUUAUCAACCCAUUUGGAGGGAAAAGACGAGGCAAGCAGAUAUACGAGAAGAAAGUGGCGCCGUUGUUCACGCUGGCCUCUGUCACCGCCGACAUCAUCGUUACUGAACAUGCCAAUCAAGCCCAGGACACUAUAUAUGAGAUUAAUAUAGAUAAAUAUGAUGGCAUCGUCUGCGUCGGUGGAGAUGGCAUGUUCAGCGAGGUCCUGCACGGUCUCAUUGGCAGGACCCAGAGGAGCGCCGGCAUCGACCAGAACCACCCCAGGGCCGUGCUGGCCCCCAGCACCCUCAGGAUCGGUAUCAUCCCGGCGGGGUCAACAGACUGCGUGUGCUAUUCAACGGUGGGCACGAAUGACGCAGAGACCUCAGCUCUGCACAUCAUCGUCGGUGACUCUCUGCCCAUGGACGUGUCCUCGGUGCACCACAACAGCACGCUGCUGCGCUACUCGGUGUCCCUGCUGGGCUAUGGCUUCUACGGUGACAUCAUCAAGGACAGCGAAAAGAAACGGUGGAUGGGGCUCGUCAGAUACGACUUUUCAGGUUUGAAGACCUUUCUGUCACAUCACUGCUAUGAAGGAACCGUGUCUUUCCUCCCUGCACAGCACACGGUGGGAUCUCCCAGGGACCGGAAGCCCUGCCGAGCCGGAUGCUUCGUUUGCAGGCAAAGCAAGCAACAGCUGGAGGAAGAGCAGAAAAAAGCAUUAUAUGGUUUAGAAAACACUGAGGAAGUGGAAGAAUGGCAGGUCAUCUGUGGGAAGUUUCUGGCCAUCAACGCUGCAAACAUGUCGUGUGCUUGUCGCCGGAGCCCCAUGGGCCUGUCCCCGGCUGCUCACCUGGGAGAUGGGUCUUGCGACCUCAUCCUCAUCCGGAAAUGCUCCCGGUUCAACUUCCUGAGAUUUCUCGUCAGGCACACCAACCAGUGUGACCAGUUUGACUUCACUUUUGUUGAAGUUUAUCGUGUCAAGAAAUUCCAGUUUACUUCGAAGCGCGUGGAGGACGAUGACAGUGACCUCCAGGAGGAGGGGAAGAAGCGGUUUGGGCAGAUCUGCAGCGACCACCGCUCCUGCUGCUGCACCGUCUCCAGCAGCUGCUGGAACUGUGACGGGGAGCUCCUGCACAGCUCUGCCAUUGAGGUCAGGGUCCACUGCCAGCUGAUUCGACUCUUUGCACGAGGCAUCGAAGAGAAUCCCAAGCCAGAGGCACAGAGCUGAGAAGCCGCGACAGACCACCCGCCUUCCCGCGCUCGGGAACGCGAAGGCCACUGAAGAUGACUGCAAACCAAUUAUGUGGAUAUAUACAUUUAAAUUUAGAAAUUUAUUUUUGAUAGUUAAAUCUUGAUUUUAGAAAAAUAUCUUUGUCAACAAUUUCUGUACAUAUUUGGCAUUUUAAGUUCUGUGUGAAUCCGUGGGCUGCAUUUCACAUGACUUACCGUCAGCAAUGGCACUUUUUGAUUUGGGGCGUUGGCUUCUUAGAUUUUAACAAUGUCAACAGCGCAGUUUUUAAAAUGGCCCGUUCGUGGCUCUAUUGCAAUAAUUUUAGGGACAUUAUAAUGUGAGUGCUUUCCACGGAGGUCACAGGAUCAGGACAUGGGGUAACUGCCAGGCCGGGUCACUCCAAGCCACUUUGCAGGGCUUGUCCUGUGUUUAUGACCAGGUUUUGGAGGGUCGUGAUUCCCUUCGCCUUCAUGUCACCUUCACCAUAGUUUACGAUCAGGACACUGUUAUUCGGUCCUUACUGUACUGCGCAACCUCAAGGCCAUGUGGCCUGCCUUACGCGGUCUCUGGAGUUAGAGCAAUUUAGGGCACUGACUGUGGUGACACUUGACCUCUGAAUCCUCCACUCUUGCCAUCAUCACAGGAUGUUUCUAGAACAGUCCAGCUGGGAGCAGGAGUGGGGGGUCUGUUCUGUACACACAGAGCAUGAGCUGCAGAGGCGGGCAGUUUGCAAAGCACUGGCAAGUUUUUACUGUUUUAAAAUGUAAAAUACAGAUGCUUUAUAUCACACCAAGUGGACACCAUUGCUGGCUUUAGGGGGAAACAGAGAAACUGGCAUUCAGUAGGUAAACAAUUCACAUUGUGAAUUCUGUUAACUUCAA